UUUCCCACUCGUCCUCCUCCAUUUCUAGUUACAGAGAAGCGCCGCCCCUCAACUUCUUAAUAGCCAUCUUCUGUUCUGGCGUGCUCCAUGGAGAAGGCCACGCCGCCGUGGUUCCAUGUGCUGGCGGCGGCAGCCGACGUGCCGCUAUCGUUGGCGCUGGAGCUGGGCGACCAAAACCGGGACGAGGCGUUACCCACGGCAGACGUGAACGGCAAGACAGUGCGGCUGUUCGAGUGCCUCUUCUGCAACAAGACGUUCCUCAAGCCGCAGGCGCUCGGCGGCCAUCAGAACGCGCACCGCAGUGAACGCGCCGCCGGCUCCAGAAACCCCUACCACGACGGCCCAAUCGGAGGCGCCGCGUCCACGGGGCGGCGGUGGGACUCUGGCACGGGCCGGUCUAUGCAUUGCACGUCCAUCGCUUCGCACGGCGGUGCCACGGCGGCGCCCCACAGGCCCGUCGUUCUACGCUUGCCCGAGAACGCGCUUCACCUCCACUGGUUCCCCAGCCGCGACGGCGAGGUGGGCACUCUCAGCUUGUCAAGGGCCUCCGUCCCAAGCGGCGCUGGCAAGCCGCUGGACCUCGACCUCGAACUACGCCUCUAGCGUGGUCUGCUUGUUGGUGCCAUUCUUAUCUCACAGGUGAUUAUUUCUCAUUUGAGGCAAAUUCCCAUGCACUGAUAUGAACUAAAAGCUCUUUCUUCUUUUAGAAAGCUACGGCUAGCCAGAACCAAUUUUUCCUUGGUGAAUCAAAAUUUAUGUGC